AUGGCGGAGCUUGUGGCUUAUGAUAACUCCUCCGAUGAUGAGGUAGGAUCUCCAAAGUUAUCACCAAAGUUAAUAACAACAUCAACAUUGGUUCCAGCAAUUAACUCCACUGCACCCGUUGAAAUAAAGGAAGAUGUUCUCUCGCUUGUACCUGUCGAUCCCCAUUCAACAGAGUUGGUGCACAAUCCCCGAUAUGAUCAGCUAUUUGCUCCUCAGGUCGGUCCAGAAAAUCCAUUUGCAUCAGACCGCCAAAAGGCUCCGAAGAAUAUGCUUACGGGUCUGGUAGAACCAACUAAUGUGAACACGUUCACUUUUGAAAACCAGUAUCGAACCUUUAUGCGUUACGGCUAUUCCGAAGACCCUAGUGUGUUGGGAGAAAAUAUGGGUAAGGUGGUCGGCUCACCAGAACGUGUCGACGAAAGCGAAGGUAACAACUAUUAUCAUCACAGAACAGGUGCUUUAUUCCUGUCACAAUUAGUACAUUGUAUGUUGUCGACGCCAACUUUAGGCAAGACGGUGGCGGAGAGGAAGGGCAGCAGUAAGCGCGAGAAACGCCCCCAGGCCUCUAACUGGGACCCCUCAAGCGAAGAAUACACUGGGCCCUGGGCAAAGUACAAGGACGAAGUAACCAUCUCAGUUCCCUCCGACGAGGACCGCAUCUAUCUGGAGGCCUACUUGGCGAAAAAGGCGGUUAAGAAGAAGCGCGUUGAGGAGGCACCCAUAACCGAAGAAAAGUCUACUCUACAUAUUUCUACACCCACAGAUUAUCAGGGACGAUCCUUCCUUCACCCUCCCCACGACAUUCCUGGCGUCAGUUUGACAACGGAGGAACCGCCAGAGCGUUGCUUCCUGCCCAAACGCCUCAUUCACGAGUGGAGCAACGCACACGCCCGAGGUGUCUCGGCAAUUCGUCUGUUCCCCAGAUCUGGUCAUUUACUCCUCUCUGCCGGCAUGGAUAGUAAAAUUAAGCUGUGGGAACUGUACCAUGAUCGUCGAUUAAUCCGCUCUUAUAUUGGUCAUCGACAAGCAGUUCGAGACGUAACCUUCAACCUCACAGGCACUCAAUUUCUCUCCGCCUCUUAUGAUCGUUUUAUCAAACUCUGGGACACGGAGACGGGCAAAUGCUCCGGACAGUUCAGCCUGAAGAAGGUCGCCUACUGUGUCAAGUUCAACCCCGAUGAGGAUAAACAGCACCUCUUUUUGGCCGGCUGUGCGGACAAGAAGAUCCUUUGUUACGAUGUCCGUAGUGGCGAGGUGGUACAGCAGUACGAUCGCCAUCUUGGAGCCGUCAACACCGUGACAUUUGUCGACAAUAACCGAAGGUUUGUCUCAACCUCCGACGACAAGUCACUUCGAGUGUGGGAGUGGGACAUCCCCGUGGACUUCAAGUACCUGGCAGAUCCCUCCCUUCAUUCCAUGCCCGCAGUCACCCUCUCACCCAAUGGCAAGUACUUGUUGUGUCAGUCGUUGGACAACCAAAUCGUUGUCUUCAACGUCUUUGCUGGCUUCAAACGAAUGCGCAAGAAGCUCUUCCGAGGCCACACAGUGUCUGGCUAUGCCUGCCAGACGGACAUGUCGCCCGAUCUGCGCUACAUCGUCUCCGGGGACGGCGACGGGCUGAUCUACCUCUGGGAGUGGAAGACAACCCGGCUUCUGACGAAGUGGAAGGCCCACGACUCAGUUUGCAUUGACCUUGCUUGGCUUCCUCACGAAACCUCCAAGGUGGUGUCUGCCGGUUGGGAUGGUGUUAUAAAGCUGUGGGACUAG